AUGUUGCUGCUGGUGCUGCUGCUCCCCGCGUGCUGGGCCGUGGAGGUCCGGCGGCCUCGGGGCGUCUCCCUCACCAACCAUCACUUCUACGAUGAGUCCAAGCCUUUCACGUGCCUGGAUGGCUCCGUCACCAUCCCUUUUGAUCAGGUCAACGACGACUACUGUGACUGCAAGGAUGGCUCGGAUGAGCCAGGCACUGCUGCCUGUCCUAACGGCAGCUUCCACUGCACCAACACUGGCUACAAGCCCCUGUACAUCUCCUCCAGAUGGGUCAACGAUGGAGUCUGUGACUGCUGUGACGGGACGGACGAGUACAAUAGUGGGACCGUCUGUGAGAAUUCUUGCAGAGAGAAGGGCCGCAAGGAGAGAGAGACGUUGCAGCAGAUAGCCGAGGUUACCCGCGAGGGCUUCCGCCUGAAGAAGAUCCUCAUCGAGGAAUGGAAGAAGGCUCGGGAAGAGAAGCAGCAAAAGCUCACUGAGCUACAGACCGGGAAGAAGUCCCUGGAGGGCCAGGUGGAGACGCUGCGGACGGCGAAGGAGGAGGCCGAGAAGCCAGAGAAGGAGGCCAAAGACCAGCACCAGAAGCGGUGGGAAGAGCAGCAGGCCGCCCUCAAGGCCCAGCGGGAGCAGGAGCUGGCGGCCAGUGCCUUCCAGGAGCUGGACGACAACAUGGACGGGGUGGUCUCAGUGGCCGAGCUACAGACUCACCCAGAGCUGGACACAGAUGGGGACGGGGUGCUGUCCGAAGGGGAAGCCCAGACCCUGCUCGGGGGAGACACGCAGAUGGACCCUGCCUCCUUCCACGACCGUGUCUGGGCUGCCAUCAGGGACAAGUACAGCUCCGAGGUUCUUCCCACCGACCCGCCAGCGCCUUCUGUGCCUGAGCUCACGGAGCCCAAGGAGGGGCAGCCCCCAGGACCCUCACAGCCCGAGGAGGAGGAGGAGGAAGAGGAGGAGCCAGAAGGAGAGCCGGAGGAGGAGGAAGAGGAAGAGGAGGAGGAGGAUUUCCAGGUGCAGGGGGAGCAGCCCAAGGAGGCCCCGCCCCCAUUCACGCCCCCCCAGCCAGCCAGCCCCACGGAGGACAAGAUGCCGCCCUACGACGAGCGGACGCAGGCCCUGAUCGACGCUGCCCAGGAGGCCCGCACCAAGUUCGAGGAGGCCGAGCGGUCCUUGAAGGACAUGGAGGAGGCCAUCAAGAACCUGGAGCAGGAGAUUUCCUUUGAUUUCGGCCCCGAGGGGGAGUUUGCCUACCUGUACAAACAGUGCUACGAGCUCACCACCAACGAGUAUGUCUACCGGCUCUGUCCCUUCAAGCACGUCUCCCAGCAGCCCAAGCACGGCGGCGGCUCUCCCACCAGCCUCGGCACCUGGGGCUCGUGGGCCGGCCCCGAGCACGACAAGUUCAGCUCCAUGAAGUACGAGCAGGGCACGGGCUGCUGGCAGGGCCCCAGCCGCUCCACCACCGUGCGCCUGCUGUGCGGGAAGGAGACCACAGUGACCAGCACCACGGAGCCCAGCCGCUGUGAGUACCUCAUGGAGCUGACGACGCCUGCCGCCUGCCAGGAGCCGCCCCCCGAGCCACCCGCCGAUGGCGACCACGAUGAGCUCUAG